AUGGCCCACACCUUCCCCUCCCCCGACUCCCCCAUAGGCAACAUCGCGUCUCUCGAAGACAAAGUCGCCCUGAUCACCGGCGCCUCGUCGGGUCUGGGCCGUGCCAUCGCGCAAGCCUACGCCGCGGCAGGCGCGUACGUCGUCUCGGCAGACCUACAACCCGCACCGCCGCCGGCGCCCACCAUCGCGGGCAUGCUGAAGGACACGGACCUGACGACGCCGACGGUCGAGUUGGUCAAUGCCAAGUGGCCCGCGAGUGGGAAGCAAAGGGCCAGCUUUGUGCGGUGCGACGUCACGGAUGAAGAAAGCGUGAAGGCGGCGGUGGCUUUUACGGUGCAGACGUAUGGACGGUUGGAUGUCAUGGUGAAUAAUGCUGGAAUCUCCGCCGAAACCACGUCCCGAAAAUACCUCGACUCGACCAGCGGGGCCAUCCCGCGCAUUCACGAAACCUCCGUCGACGCCAUGGACAAGACGUACGCGGUCAACAUCCGCGGCGUGUGGCUGGGCACCAAGUACGCCGUGACGCAGAUGCUCGCGCAGGACCCGCACCCACGGUUCUCCCGCACUUCUCCCACGACCACGGCCACGGCCGACGUGCACAGGGGCUGGAUCAUCAACCUGGCGUCGAUCCUCGCGUCGGCCGGGCUAGCGGGGGCGUCGCCGUACUGCGCGUCCAAGGGCGCGGUGCUGAACAUGACGCGGGCCAUCGCGCUCGAGUACGCCCGCGACGGGAUCCACGUCAACGCCAUCCAGCCGGGUUUCACGGACACGCACAUCCUCGAGACCAUGUACGCCAAGAUGGGCAGGGAGAACAUGGACGCCCUGAUGAAGGCGACGCACCCCUGGGGCCGCACGGGUAGGGCCGAGGAUAUUGCCCGCGCCGCGGUCUUUCUCGCCGGCGAGGGCGCCAGUUGGAUCACCGGCCAGAGCGUCGUCGUGGAUGGCGGGUAUCUUGCUCAGUAG